GGUGAUCAGAUUGACACAGUUACCUCCUGAGAUAGUAGAGCAUAGUGAGCCAUUGCAGGUGGUGAAGUAUGAUCAAGGAGGGCAUUAUCAUGCUCACCAUGACAGUGGACCAAUCUACGCAGAGACCAGCUGCUUCCACACAAAGCUGGUAGCAAAUGGAUCCACUCCGUUAGAGACUUCCUGCCGGUAUGUGACAGUGCUGUUUUAUUUGAACAAUGUUUCUGGAGGAGGGGAAACGGCUUUUCCUGUAGCAGACAACAGAACGUAUGAUGAACUGUCUUUAAUCCAGAAUGACGUGGAUUUACGAGAUACACGGAGAAACUGUGACCAAGCCAAUCUGCUGGUGAAGCCUUUGCAAGGCACUGCUCUCUUCUGGUACAACUACCUCUCUGAUGGUGAAGGCUGGGUGGGUGAACAGGAUGAGUACUCGUUACAUGGUGGCUGCGUUGUCACCAAAGGGACCAAAUGGAUUGCCAACAACUGGAUCAACAUCGACCCAGAUGUGCAGCGUCAAAUUCAGUUCCAACAAGCAGUUUCCAAAUACACACAUGAAGAAGCUCCUGCAGAGUGGGCAGUUGAUAACAUUUAUAAAGACUUGCAUGUCGAACUGUGAAUGUGUUCCAAAACAGAAUGUCUUUGAAUGCUUAAUGUGGACAAACUUCCCUUUUUAUUUGUCCAUCCUCAAUCAGGGUUUAGAGAGAAAAUAUCUUGUGAUCAAUUGCCUUCAGUCAUGAAUGUGUAACUUUACCUUCAGCUUCCAAUGGGUGAAUACUGGCAGGCUGUUUGACUGCAUGUUGCAUCACAGCCCAGCCUGAUCCUGUCCCUGCCUGACAUGCGCUUCAGAACACGGAUCAGUGGCUAAUGAUUAGAAGUGGCACCAAGUCAUUUUGUUUUUAUUACUUUAUUCUUUCAAUUUCACUCUUAAUCUGCCCUGCCUUGGCCAAGAAUGUGGGCAGGCAUUUGAACUGCUCAGAUAACUCCUGUUUAAAGAUGAGUUAUUUUUCAUUUGUUCAAACAGAGGAUCACACCUAAAAUAGUAUGAUAGUCCAGUGCAGUUGCUGAGUUGAUGCUAUGUAUUUCCAGAAUCCUGUUUUAAAUUUUGGAUUUCCCAGCAUUUGUGCCUUCCUUAUUCAAUUCUUAUGACCAUUCUUUCUUCUUUCUUUUGACAAUACAUCUCAAAUCUGCUCAACCAGUCCAUUUAAAGCUUUUUAGGAGGAUUAUUGAGCUCUAUAAACCAAGAAAGUCCUAGCUUAAAUCUCUUUUCUAUGCUGAAUUCACUAAUCUGUCAAGAUGGUGAUGGGGAGCUGUCAGUCAUUUGGAGUGAAUACCUCCUGAUUAUGAGAUUUGAGUGUCUCACUAGGUAAAGGGAAAGUAUUAGAUUUGAUUGUAAUGGUUUUGAUUGUUGAAUCUUGCCAACAAAUGCUAAGCUGAGGAGAAGAAUGGCUACUUGGACCAGGGACUAAAUGGCAGAGUGUGCUUCUGGAGCCACAUUUCAACAAAUAAUCAGGACCUUCAGGAGAGCAGAAGAGAAAUAAUAGCUUUUUUUGAAAUAACAUAGUGACAUGACCAUUUGGAGCUGCUUUCAAUAAAGGUCAACUGUGGGACUCCAUCUUACUCCCACUCAACACUGUAUUGAAGAUACACAGUCAGACUAAAUACCCUCUAUCAUCUCAUCCAAAUAGCCAUAUGAUCGAUCACUCCAUCAUUAACAAAUGGUUUUAAUCAGAGGAACGAUCAGAACUGAUUCUGACAUGGCUCUUUAUAGAUGACUAGAAAUACACAAUCCAGCAAGCUGCACCGAAUAGUCCUGAAUCUUGAUUGUUAAUCUGUCCACCCAAAUUUUCAACACAGACCAGAGGUCAUACCUGACCUUUUAUGGAACUUCAUGAUUUCGUACUGCAUAACGAGGUACAUUCGCCCAUAAGUUGAAAAGUGUGAUGCUGGAAAAGCACAGCCAGUCAGGCAGCAUCGG